AACUGUAGAAGGGAACAAUUUUCAUCAGGUAUAUUACUAUCAUCUCUUUGUAAGUUCUGGCUCAGUGUCUGUCCGAUUUCAGUGUGGUGACACCAACCCGACCAAGGCAAAUUUAGUGCACAGUUUUUUGCAUAUCAACAGUUUUAUACGUUCACAGCUCUAACUCACCGGAUACUGAAAAUGACGACUACGACAAGUGCGGCGGCGGUCGCUGAAAUGAUCGAGACCGGAGUGUUUGGACCCGAAUGCCGGUUCGUGUCGUUUGAACUGGACGGACAGCACAACGGUCAAGAUCAGUUCGCGUCGUCCAUACUGUACGGUACGGUUACGGUGAGCGAUCGAGACUGCCACAACCGAAGCCAUCGUCUUGUGUUUAAGUUCAAGCACCCUGUGACCGAGGUGAGAGAGUUUCUCAAAAACGACCUGCAGUUCCACAACGAAACGCUGUUUUACGAGCGUAUCUUACCAUUCCUGUUGGAUUGCUACUCGCAGAACGACGAAGACGAGACCGCGAAUCCAACGCUUUGUCGAUACUUUUACGGGCGAAACGAUUGCGGUGACCUUUCGAACCGGGACAUGAUUGUCUUGGAAAACGAGUCGAUACGAGGAUAUAAGACGGCAGUGACCGACCAUCGUUUGUGUUUAGAUUUCGACCACUUGAUUGUGGCGAUCAGAGCUCUAGCAAAGUUUCACGGUUUGUCGUACAGAGCCAAGCACGUGGAUCGUAAGAAGUUCAUUGAUCUGGUGACCGACGUGAAAGAAACGCAGUGGAAUGCCGAGGGACGGUGGCUUAUAAUUGGCAAAGGACUCGGAGGAUUGGUUUCCGUGGCCCUGGACAAGAUAAUAGAACGUCGAGGAGACGACCGACGCGCACAACGUUUCCGGUCGGAACUGUUGGCCGACGCGUUAAACACGCUGAAACGCGUGAUGCGACCCGAUGGACCGCUGUCCGUCCUGUGCCACGGCGACUUCAACCGCAACAACCUGCUGUUCCGGUACGACGACGAUGGCCGGCCGGUGGACGCGCUGGCAUUCGACAUGGCCACCGUGCGGUACGGGUCGCCGGCGCUCGACUUGUCCUUCUUCCUGUACAUGAACACGGACCGCCAGACUCGGGACGAUCACUGGGACGCGCUGUUGGACGCGUAUUGCGAAACGCUGGCCGCUACCGCCGGCGACGUCCCGGUGCCGGAUCGCGGCCAGCUGGACGUCGAAAUGAGCGAGCACGCGUUCUACGGAUUGGCACACGUGUCGUUCUUCCUGCGCAUCAUGUUGGAGGAACAGAAACCUGUGUCGCCGAUGGAGUUCGUCGAUAUGACCGACGAAGAGGUGAGGGAUCUUCUGUUGACGUUUGGCGGCGAACGGGCCACCGAUUGGGUGGCCGACAUCGUGCAACACUAUUUGGACACGACGUUCGCCGAAAAGUGACCAUUGUCACCAACGCGCGUAUGUGGACCGAAUGACAGACACGUCGUAUUAUGGAUUUGCAGCUUCCAGUUUUCCACGCCUAUUAUAAUGUCUUUGUUCGAUCUUUAUCCCAUUAUGACAAUUUUCUAUUGUGGUAAUCAGUGCACUGGUGUUUUAUGGUAGGUAUUAUAAGAAAAUUUUAUUUUUUAUUUUAUACCGUUUCAUAUUUUUCUGUACUUGUAUGUGAAUGUUGUGAUUAAUAAUUAUAUGAUUAUACCUAUACCAUCAUAUCAUUUUAUUUUUAAUAACUAAUAAAGAAAACGAGUAAUAUUA